AUGCAGGAGAAAGCCGAGCUUGUUGAAGGAAAGGUGGACUGGAAAGGAAGAACAGCUCGAAAGGAUAAGCAUGGCGGACUACGAAAUUCUUUGCUCGUAUUAGGAGCAUUUGCUUUUGAAAACAUGGCAACAAUAGCAUUGGCAGUGAACUUGGUGACAUACUUCAGUGUGGUGAUGCAUUUUGAACUAUCUGAAGCAGCCAACACCGUCACUAACUAUGUGGGCACUAGUUACAUUCUUUCCAUCAUUGUAGCCUUCCUUGCAGACACUUAUAUUGGCAGAUUUAAGGCUGUUCUUAUUUCAGCUUGCCUUGAGUUUCUGGGACUUGGAUUGCUAGCAUUACAAGCUCACUACCCCAAACUCAAGCCACCUCUAUGCAACAUAUUUGAGCCAAAUGCUCAUUGUGCCCAAGUCAGUGGAAGAAAUUCUGCUAUCCUCUUUGUUGCUCUAUAUUUGGUUGCUGCUGGAAGCUCAGGAUUAAAAGCUGCAUUGCCAACUCAUGGUGCUGACCAGUUUGAUGAAAAAGACCCAAAAGAGGCAACACAACUGUCAAGUUUCUUCAAUUGGCUCUUACUCUCUGUGUGCAUUGGAGGUGUAGUUAGUUUAACAAUUUUUGUGUGGAUCCAAGAUAAUAAAGGAUGGGAUUAUGGCCUUGGUCUUUCAACUCUUGCCAUGUUCUUGGGUAUAAUCAUGUUUGCUUCUGGAUUGCCUCAGUACAGGAUACAUUCUGUUCAAGGGAGGAGUGCUAUUACUGAAAUUAUACAGGUCUAUGUAGCAGCUAUCCGUAAUAGAAAGCUUCAACUUCCAGAGGACUCAGCCGAGCUGUAUGAGAUCAAUAAGGACAAAGAAGCAGCAUUAGAAGUGAAAUUUCUACCUCACAGGGAUGUUUUCAGGUUCCUGGACAAAGCAGCUAUUGUGAGAUCUCCAACACCAUUUGAAACACCAAAUCAAUGGAAACUUUGCACAGUCACACAAGUAGAAAAUGCAAAAGUCAUACUAGGAAUGGUUCCAAUUUUCUGUUGUACCUUUUUUAUGACAGUUUGCCUAGCCCAACUUCAAACCUUCUCUGUCCAACAAGGUGCCACCAUGGACACAAGGAUCACCAAAUCUUUUAAAAUCCCACCGGCCUCCCUCCCCAUCAUCCCCAUCGCUUUUCUGGUCAUCUUAGUCCCCAUUUACGACCAAGUAUUCGUUCCUUUCGCCCGUAAGAUUACAGGCCACAUCACCGGAAUAACUCACCUGCAACGUGUCGGCGUUGGCCUCGUUCUCUCUUCCCUGGCCAUGGCAUCCGCUGCAAUAAUGGAGGUGAAGCGGAAAAAUAUUGCUCGUACCCACAACAUGCUCGAUGCCAUCCCUAUGUUCCAGCCAUUGCCGAUCAGUGUCUUCUGGUUAUCAUUCCAGUACUUCAUAUUCGGGAUAGCAGAUAUGUUCACCUAUGUUGGACUUCUUGAAUUCUUCUACUCCCAAGCACCAAUAGACCUAAAAUCCAUCUCUACUUGCUUUCUUUGGAGCUCCAUGGCAGUUGGGUAUUACAUGAGCACUGUCGUGGUGAAGACAGUGAACAGUGCCACCAAGGGAAUAACCAGAAGUGGAGGGUGGUUGGCUGGGAAUAAUAUUAACAGGAACCAUUUGAAUCUCUUCUAUUGGAUGCUUUCUGUACUGAGCUUGGUGAAUUUCUUUGUUUAUUUGAUUGUUGCUAUGAGGUACAAGUACAGGCCUCAGAGCCCUGAGGUUUCAAGUGGGUCUAAUGUUCAUGAGCUACAGAAUGUGAAUGACGACCAGAAAGUGGAAGCCACUUUGUGA